GUAAUAGUCAACAUACUUACACGAUAGAUUCAAUCGGCUUUGUUUAGUGAAGAUAAAACAUACAUGAGGUAAUUCACAAGCGAUUGUUUCGAAAACUCAAAGAAACAAUGGGUUCUUUGACUCUAGUGACACGAUAAAUAUAGAGCAUGACAGAUUCGGAAAUGGGGCGGGAAACAUAGGGGAUCCAGCAGGGUGGGCGUAUGGGCAUAUACAUACCUAUCCAUAUUAUCUGCAAAACCCUGGUGAUCUUAUCUGCGUUUUGAGCAGCAUGUAGGCCGUGCUCCGUAGAACACACUGGACACGAAAGUCAGAGGCAACCAAGCUUUGUGGGCGAAGGAAGAAGCAAAAGAGAAAAGAAAAACCACCCGCCGUUCAUUCAUUUAAAAUUUCGUAUUUUUUUUUGUCCAAGUGCUUUUCUUCAGUGCCUUCACGCGGCUGGACCGAAGAAAUUAUUCGAGACGCUCCUUUUUUUCGGUUACUUUUUAAAAAAGGGUGUUGGAUAGGUUCAAGUGAUCAACCAGCCAGCCAAGCCAGCCCGCCAUGGGGAUGGAGCAAAGGUGGAAUGAUUUCGGGGAGAAGCACCCGGAACUACAUGACAAACUAACGAGGGCGGCAGAAGCCGUCAGGCCGUAUCUGCCGCCGGUCAACUACAUCACGCUGCACUACGCGUACUUCGUGGGGACGACGGUGGUGGGGACGCUGAUAUUCUGGGGCGCGUCGGCGCCGCGGUACAGCGUCGGGUGGUGGGACAGCAUGUUCAUGGUGAUGUCGGCGCUGACGGCGUCGGGGCUCAACACCGUCAACGUCAGCGACCUGACCACCUUCCAGCAGGUCGAGCUCUGCGUGCUCAUGAUGAUCGGCAGCCAGGUCCUCAUCUCCUACGUCACCAUCGCCUUCCGCAAGCACAUAUUCGAGAAGCGCUUCGAGGACAUCGUCCGCAUGGAGCGCGAGAAGCGCAAGAAGAAGGUCUCCAGGACCAGCGCCAUCGUCGGCAUGACCGGCGCCAUGUUCGGCCUCCAGGUCAUGUCGUCGUUCGGGAAAGGCCGGUCCCCGGAUAAGGCGAAGCCCGGCGCCCACGUGAGGAACGUGUCGUCGUCGAGUAGAAGGGGGGUUGUCGGCGGUCAUGCCGAGGAGACCAUCCCGGAAAUCGACAUCGAGAGCGCGAGGGGCCAGCACCACCAUAUCAAUUUCCUCGAGCCCGUGCAGGAGGGUAAGUCCCUCGAAAGCCACGCCGCGGCGACCGGACACUCGAUCUACCAGACGCAAUCGCAUCAGAGCACGGCGGCGAGACGGCGGCCUCAGACGGCGGAGUCGGGGACGGGGUUUGAGGGUUUCAACGUGCAGACGUUUCUGAAGGAGCAGAAGCGGAAUAUCGGACGGAAUGGGCAAUUCUUUAACCUAACGGAGGACCAGCGAGAGUACCUAGGUGGCGUCGAGUACCGCUCCCUCAAAUUCCUGUCCGUCUUUGUGAUCGUCUACUUCCUGCUCUGCCAGUUCUUCGGCGCCAUCGCUCUCGGCGCCUGGAUGUCGGUUUACGCGGUCGACACCGCCGCCGUCAAUUCCCAGAACCCUUGGUGGGCGGGCAUCUUCCUGGCCAUCUCCGCGUACAACAACGCCGGCUUCACGCUCCUGGACGCCGGGUUCAUACCCUUCCAGUCUUCGUACUUCCUGCUUGUCGUCGUCACGCUGCUGUCGCUCGCCGGUCCGGCGGCCUUCCCGGUCUUCAUGCGGUUUAUCAUAUGGAGCAUGUCGAGUCUGCUCAACCUCCUCUCCAAGGACAAGGAGUACACCGUCUGGAAGGAGGGCUUCGACUUUAUCUUGAAGUUCCCCCGUCGCGUGUAUACCAGCUUGUUCCCCGCCAAGGACACGUGGAUGUUUGCACUUACGUUUGGAGGCUUCGUGAUCGUUGAUUGGGUCCUUAUUCUGCUCCUUAGCAUCGGAAACCCGACCAUGGACGCUAUCCCCGUCGGCCAGCGGAUUUUUGACGCGCUCUUCCAGGGAUUUUCCAUCCCUUCGGGAGGAUACGCGAUCGUAUCGCCGUCGGCCAUGUACUUCGACAUCCUAGUGCUUUGGCUCGUCGUAUACUACACCGCGGCCUACCCGCACAUCAUCACCAUGCGAAACUCCAACGUCUACGAGGAGCGGUCCCUAGGGAUCUACGAAGGCGACCAGCCCGAAGAAGAGCAGCUUCACUCCGCGAGCAGCAGCGUGAUCGAGGAAGAAGCCGCCAACAUCCUCGACGAAACCGGACUUCAUCCCGUCGCAACUAACAACAAUAACAAUAACAACAACAAGAACUGGGACGCGGUCUCCCGGACGCCGACUACGAAAUCCAUCACGAUGCUCAAAUCGGUCGGCCGCCGCGGCACGGCGUUCGUAGGCCGCCAGAUCCAGCGCCGCAUGACGGCCUUCCAAGGCGUGGGCGUCGCGGCGCCGGCAGCCCCGGCAGGCGCACCGGCGAUCAGGCCUCUCGCGCGGGCGAAGACGAUGGACUUCGGGCGAGCGUCGGUGCACUCGCUGCAGAACCACCCGCCGGCGGGGCCGCCGAGCCUGGUGUCGCAGCAGGUGCGGGGGCAGCUGAGCCACGACGUGUGGUGGAUCGCGCUGAUGCUGUUCGUGAUCACGCUGAUCGAGACGAGCCACUCGCUGGCGGACCCGGUGACGUUCAGCGUGUUCAACAUCCUGUUCGAGAUCGUGUCGGGGUACACCAACAUCGGCAUCAGCAUCGGGCUGCCCGACCGCAGCUACAGCCUCAGCGGCGGCAUGCGCACGGGCAGCAAGAUCGUCAUGAUCCUCGUCAUGCUGCGCGGCCGCCACAGAGGGCUGCCCGUCGCCCUCGACAGGGCUAUCAAGCUGCCCGGGAGGAAGCUCGCCGAGUACGAGGAGGAAGACGCGGAGAUCAGGAGCUUGUCUGCUUUUUCGCGAUGAAGUUUUUGGUUUUUGAUUUUAUUUUUAUUUUUCAAUUUUUUAC